UAUAAUCUAAAUUACCAAAUACAGAUUUUUUUUAAUUAUUUUCUGUUGCAUGGCAAAAAUCACUAAAUGGGUCUUAAUCUUCAGAGAUCAAACCACAGGAUUAAUGCCCUAGGAUCUUUCCUUGAUGUUGCUAUCAGUACACCUGUCUUGGCCACUUUGCUAGGAUAUGUAGCUGCAUCCAAGGAUCCAAUAAUAGGAGGCAGCUUACUUUUGACUUACACAACAGGCUAUGUUGCUCCUCUACUUCUUGCUGCUUCUUUUGCUGGAGCAUUGCAGUUCAUUUUUAAGAUGAACUUAACUAAUAAGGCAUCUAUUCAUGCAGAGUUUGCUUUCGUUCAGGAAGUCCUCAGCAUGGAUCAAUCCAUUGAGCGGGGCACUUCUGCUGGGUGGUGGGGUGUAUACGUUCUUGGACAGGCUUUUCCCUGCAACAAUGGCAAUGAAGAAGAUCCGCAAACGUCACCACCAUGUAAGUGGUGGACUAGUUUAGGUGCUGCCGAGUGCCAACGCUUGGAUAAGGAUGUAAAGAAAAGGGUUCUGGGGAUUCAGAAUCAGACAUUGAAGGAAACAAGGAAGGGAAGAGCAGAUCCAACUCCGAAGUUCCAUAUUUUCCCGCGCUUUUGUUGGCACAUCCCACAGACUCCGCCAACAUUAGCCUACGACUUUUUACUUCGUCCUGUUUCUUUUGCAUUUUGUUCUUUUGGAGUGAAAUAUGCUGCUAAUUAGAUCUUAUACCCCCUAUUAUUAGAUUUAGUUGUCUUAUUUUUUAAAUAAAAUAAGGUUGAUUGGUUAGAUUUUUGUUAUCUUGUUUUGUAUUUGUUUUGUAUUUUAAUAAUGCAUUAAAUGUUAA